CUAAACAGAAAGUAAGAGUUCCAUCAUUUACCGUUCAUUACCAUCAACUCCAUUCCAAUGGCACUUCCGUCGCCAUUUUUUGCAGCGUUUACAGCAAUAUUGAUCCUCCUCUUAUCUCAAAAGGCCAGCUGCUUGUUAUCCUCAAAACACAACAAUGUCACCGAUCAACAGUCACUUCUGUCCUUCAAGUCCAUGAUAUCGGGCGAUCCAACAGGAUCGUUAGCCUCGUGGAACAACUCCAUCCAUUUCUGCAAUUGGGUAGGCGUAACUUGCAGCGGCCUCCAACAUCCUCAACGGGUCGUGUCCUUGAGCUUGAGCUCCCUUGAUCUCUCUGGAGUUAUAUCGCCGGCGAUAGCAAACCUCACAUUUCUCAGAACGAUUAACCUCUCCCACAACAAACUCCGCGGACCCAUCCCGGGAGGAAUCGGUAACCUCCACCGCCUCCGGGUUCUUAACGUGAGCCUAAAUUCUCUUGAACGAGGUAUUCCUGAUUCGUUGGGCGGCCUUACUUCUUUGACCAAACUCUACUUGUUCAACAACAGCCUAAGCGACAAUAUCCCUUCUACAAUGGGGAACCUCGCCUCUUUAUCUCUACUGUUCUUGCACAAUAACAAAUUCACUGGCAGCAUCCCACCUUCAUUAGGAAGGAUCUCGUCUCUCUCCGUUCUUGCUCUGACCAACAAUCUUCUCAACGGCAGUAUUCCGUCUACUAUAGGGGACCUUACUUCCCUAACUUCGCUUUACCUUUCAGGCAACCGUCUGAGUGGCUUGGUCCCUUCUUCGUUGGCGAAGCUCUCGUCUCUUUCCGUGCUUGAUUUGUCCAAUAAUGAACUCAGUGGCAGCAUACCGUCUUCCAUCGGGGGCCUUGCCUCCCUGACUUCACUGAACCUUGAUGGAAAUGGACUCGGCGGCAGCAUCCCAUCUUCACUGGGAAAUCUCUCGCAUCUCUCUCUUCUUUCUCUGUCCUAUAACCUUCUGACUGGUAGCAUACCGGCUACGAUCGGAAACCUCACUUCUUUAACUCAGCUUUACUUAGGCAACAACAGCCUAAGCGGCAGCAUUCCACCUUCACUUGCAAACCUCUCAUCUCUUUCUUAUCUUGAUCUUUCCAAUAACGAGCUCACUGGCGGCGUCCCACCGAACACAGGGAAUCUCUUAUCUCUUACCGUGCUUGGACUUGACAACAAUCGUUUAUCAGGAAACAUCCCGCCUUCGAUUGGCAAACUUUCCAAUUUACAACAGCUUUACUUGAAUUCGAAUAACCUCUCGGGAUUAGUCCCUCCUUCACUCUGGAAUCUCUCCUCUCUUUCUAUCCUAUACCUUUCAUUUAACUACCACCUAUCUGGUUCGCUUCCACCGGAUUUAGGCCAGUCUCUUCCCCUCCUCGAAUUAAUUAGCCUGUCUUGUAACAAAUUUUAUGGACCAAUUCCAGCAUCAUUGUCCAAUGCAUCUCUUCUUGAAAUAAUUGAGCUUCCAGAGAAUAUGCUUAGCGGUACGAUCCCUCCAAACCUCGGGAGCUUACCAAACUUGCGUAACCUAAUUCUGCAAGUAAACAACUUGGAAGUUAGGGAACCUGAUGGUUGGCGUUUCCUGACGUCUUUGACGAAUUGUACCCGAUUAGAGAAACUGCGUAUUGGCUGGAAUAAUCUCAGUGGCAGGCUACCGAGUUCUAUUGCAAACCUCUCCGCUUCACUUGUAACGCUCAGUAUCGGUUAUAACAAUAUAUCUGGAAACAUACCUCCGGAUAUUGGAAAUCUUGUCAGCUUGACGGAACUUCACACGGGUCCGAAUUUGCUCACAGGCUCUAUUCCUGCCUCAGUUGGAUCACUUAGCAAGUUGCAUGAGUUGGUUUUGGACAAUAACAAGCUAUCCGGAGAGAUACCAUCCUCCAUCGGCAACCUUACUCAAUUGAAUUUUCUUUACCUAGAUUUCAAUGAACUGAGCGGAAAUAUACCGGAAAGUCUUGGGAAUUGCCAAAAUUUAGUAUAUCUAAACCUUGGAUAUAACAAACUUACCGGUGCUAUACCAAAAGAAAUCCUGAAGAUAUCCCAUCUCUCCAUACUUUUAAAUUUGUCAUCCAAUUCAUUGACGGGAUUAAUACCAUCAGAAAUAGGGAGCUUGAGUAACCUGGGUGUCAUCGAUGUCAGCAUGAACAAAUUGUCUGGUGAAAUCCCUAGCAGUCUCGGUCAGUGUCAAGUGCUGGAAGAGCUUUAUCUUGGUGGGAAUUUUCUUCAGGGGAGUAUUCCUUCUUCUUUAAGCUCAUUAAGGGGUAUUCAGGAAUUAGAUGUUUCGAAAAAUAACCUGUCGGGGGAAAUACCAAAUUUCCUACAGGAGUUGCCUGAUCUACUCUAUUUGAAUCUCUCCUUCAAUGAUUUUGAAGGUGAAGUACCCAGGCUUGGGGUCUUUGAAAAUGUAAGUAAAUUCUCAGUUGCUGGAAACAAUAGGCUUUGCGGAGUAAACCCAGAAAUGCACCUGCAAGCUUGUACCUUCCAUUCUUCGAACAAGAAGAUUCGCUCCAGUACAUUGAUAGUGAUCAUUGUCGUCACCAGUUCAUUUCUACUUUUAUCUGUGUUCUUUCUUUUCCUCUUUCGACGGUACUGGAACAAAAGCUCAAGAAGAAUACCUCAUCACAGUAUACCCAUAAUGGAGCAACAUGAGAAAGUCUCUUAUGCUGAGCUAGUGAAAGCCACAAAUGGGUUCUCUGCAGGCAAUAUAAUUGGGAUCGGAAGUUUCGGGACGGUAUAUAAAGGAACAUUUGAUGAUGAUAGAAAGAAAAUUGUUGCGGUGAAGGUGUUAAAUCUUCAAAUGCAAGGAGCAUCCAAGAGCUAUAUGGCAGAAUGCGAAGCCUUGAGAAACAUCCGACAUCGAAACCUUGUCAAGAUCAUUACAACUUGUUCAAGUGUAGAUUUCAGAGGUGAUGACUUCAAAGCUGUGGUCUUUGAGUUCAUGCGCAAUGGUAGUUUAGAUGAUUGGCUGUAUCCGAAAGUAAUUGAGCAAUUCAAACCAAAAAAACUGAACUUCAUGGCAAGAUUAAACAUAGCUAUUGAUGUGGCUUCUGCUUUAGAUUAUUUACACCAUCAAUGUGGGACACCAAUAAUUCACUGUGAUUUGAAACCUAGCAACAUUCUUCUCGGCGAUCACAUGACUGCCCAUGUUGGAGAUUUUGGGCUGGCAAGGUUUCUGAAGGAAAUUAUCAGCAGGUCAUCUCAGAACUCUAUGAGUUCAGUUGGCCUCAGAGGAACUAUUGGAUAUAUUGCUCCAGAGUACGGUGUGGCAAACAAAGCUUCAACUGCUGGAGAUGUAUAUAGCUAUGGAAUUCUUCUGCUGGAGAUGAUUACUGCAAAAAGACCCACUGAUAAUGAUUUUGUAGGAGGCCAAAGUCUUCACAAGUUUGUGGAGAUGGCGUUCCCUGAAAAAAUCACAGAUGUUGUUGAUGCUCGUCUUCUCCUACAGAAAGAUGGCAGAGUGAAUGAUGAUGACAAUGAUGGCGAUCAUCAUUAUGAUGACGAUGAUGAUUGGAGUAUGAAUGACACAAGCGUUAUCGAAUGUGCUGCUUCGAUGCUUAGGCUUGGCAUCUUGUGUUCAAAUGAAUAUCCAGAGGAGAGAAUAGAGAUGGGAGAUGUCAUUAAAGAAUUGCACAAGAUUAGGGAUAUGUUCUUAAGAAAUGGAACUCCUGAAGAGAGAAGCAGAGAUCAGAUGAAUUGUGGAGGUCCAUCUUUAGCUUUUCAAGCAACAAACGACUGAUACUUAUUAUUGAAAAUGUUUAAGAGUUGGUUUGUACAGUUUGCGGAAUACUAUCAUGAUAGGAAGUGAACGAUGUAUAUUUCCAUCAAAAUUAUUGUUAAGAUGAAUCAGUAAACAUUAAGAGUAAAAACAACGUUAAG